UGUAGAAAGAGCGAUGACUGAAGACAAAGCUGGGUGGGGACUAGUCCCUGGGCUGCAGGCGCCGCUGCUACACACACGGCGGCCGCUCCGUGGGCAGCUCCUACUACUGCUGCGCUGGGCGGGCGCGAGCUGUGCACGCAGCAGCCGGAGGCAGCGAGCAGAGGAGCCGCGCGCCCCGCCAGCCUCGCCGCCGCGCCGAGCAGCGCUUCCCACGUCGCCCCUUUCCGACCAUAUCUGCCAGGGAGCCUCAGGCUUCAGGAACUGAAAAGGGUGUCUGAAACCCCCCCCCGGCACUCCAAUGGCCAGCAACAACACUGCCAGCAUAGCACAAGCCAGGAAGCUGGUGGAACAGCUGAAGAUGGAAGCCAACAUUGACAGGAUAAAGGUAUCCAAGGCAGCUGCGGACUUGAUGGCCUACUGUGAAGCUCAUGCCAAGGAAGACCCGCUCCUGACCCCCGUUCCGGCUUCAGAGAACCCAUUUAGGGAGAAGAAGUUCUUCUGUGCCAUCCUUUAAGUCUUCACGAGGAGCCUGAAGAGCCUCGGGGCUCCUGGGACACUGAUGUAGAGUUUUUAGCAAAGUGGGCACCUUUCUAGUCCACAGCAUUUAAAUAGAGGGAGGAGAACCAUCCUGGAAACUCCAGGCUAUGCAUGUUUAAAGAACUGGUCCCCUUUAUGACAAUGAAAGCCAAUCCACACCCCCAGUUAAGAGCUUUGAUAUCUGCAGAAUUGCCUGGAGGAAGGGACUGUGUAAAGAUAAAUCCGUGUCAUUUCUUUUCUGCUAUCCCUCCCCGAACCUUAUGUUUCUGCUUCAUAUUUAAAAAAUAAAAAUUCAAACAGACAGCUGUACUGAGCUGAGAGACAUAUGACCUUCUUGGAAUGAGUAUUGCCUUUAGAAUACCCUUUGAGCAGCUGAGUUGUCCAGUGUAACUGCGGUUUGGUUUAAUGGCGUUGAUGUCUAGUCUUUGUGCCUUUGUUUCCUUUAAUCUUUCUCCCUGGCCCUCCCUCUCUCCGCUCCCCAGUAGAGUAGAACAGAGAUGAGGCUGGACUUGUCUGUGAGACUGAACUCCAAGGAUGGGCACCCACAAUGUCUAGGGAGCUGUUCCCCGUGGUUUAUCCUCAUGGUGAUAACAAAAGCCGUGCCGGUUGUCUGUGUUCUCCUAUCACUGUUCCUAACAUUUGUACAUGAUCGCUUUGAUUCUGCAAGUAAAAGUAAAUCAUGUGUUGUGACUGGUGCUUUCAUA